GGGGGAAAGGAGCAGGGUGAGGAGGCAGACGCACUCAAACUGCAGGCGCAACCAGAGAAACGGUAAGUUGAGCUUUCACUGCAGCAGAGAAAGUCUUACAUCUAUCUCAGGACAUCCAGUGAGUUGGUCAGAAAAACGUGUUUUCCAUGAUGUUUUUGAAACAUGCCUCAUGUUUUUGUCAGAUUGUGGACAUCAUGAAGCCCCAGGUUGCUCUUCUGUUGGUCUGUAUAUUCAGGACAAGUUUUGCUCUUCCAGUAAGUUUAAUCUCUCUCAUACUUUCUCUAAUCAGUUGAAAUCAGCGGAGUCUAAAUUAGCACAGAGUCAUAUUUUAAUGUCUUUUUAUCAGGUGCAGAUUAGAUAUGUUGGAAGCAGCAGUAAUGAGGUAUGUGUGAUAUUAAACUUUUAUUUUUGUUGUUGUAAAAGACUGAAUCUCUCAUUUAGGAACAAGCAUAGCCUACUGACUUUUAUGCAACUUUUUGAAUGUUCAGAUCCUGAGACUGAAUGGAUUAACUCUUGCUGCAGCUCUUGGACAAGCACAGGUAGAACAUAUUUGGCAGAGAUAACACAAACAGACAUCUUACAAACACGUAACCUGUGUACUUAACCAACCUGUCUUCUCCAGGCCUCUUCUCUGUUACCCCAGUUUGUGCUGCAGCAGCAGCCCGAAGUGCUGCUCACCCCGCAGUUAGUGAACCUGAACCCUCAGAUGGCUGGUCCCUUUCCUCCUCAAGGGCCCCAGCUGUUCCUCCCCGCCCAGGGCAACCAGCUUACACCCGUGAUUAUCCCUAAUGGCCAGCAAGAGCAAGUCGGGACCCCACAGGACCCCAACUCUCCUAUUGUCCCCCAGCAGGCCCAAAACCCUGUCCAGGUGAAGAAAAAAUAAUAGCUUUACUUUAUAUUUGACAUCAGCUGCUGCCUAGGGGGACUAAACCUUAUUCCAUAUUUCCUUCAGAUGUUUCCAUCUUUCCAGUACCCACCUUAUGGUUUCCCCCAGUUUCCCAGACAGCAGGUAUGAUGCAAAACAAGCUCAAAUCCCACUGUCAUUACUUUGAUGCUCAGCGCUGAUUUAAUUGAACUCUAACUGAACUUUAUCAUCCACAGGGCUUCCCUUACUUUAUGCCUCCUUACGGCUAUCCCCAGCAGAGGAACCCUGCGGUGCUGCAGCCCAACAAUGCUCAGCAAACUCUGGACAAAACCACACACAGACCACAGCUCCCUCUGCAGGUGAGACGUGCAAGAAAGCACAGCAGACAGAAAAAAUAUGAUUCAGGGUUUUUUUUAGUUAUGGAAAUGAAUUUGAAGAGAAAUGUUGGUUUUUAUUUUCUGUUGUUAUUAGAAACAGAGACAGCGGCAGUAAGAAAAGAAGUGACAGCUCUUUACCACUUUAAAAUAAGUACACAAUGCAGCAGACUGUAAUGACUGGAGAUACAACUUAAUGAUAACAUACUGGUAUGAAUUAAGUCAUCUGUGGUAUCUGUAAUGUGGCGUCUACUGUCUGCUAUACUGACUACUUAGUCUGGAUUAGAAGGAGACUGCUGAAAUACUGCCAGACCUAUGUAAUUGUGCAAUGAGUUUUUUUUUAAAGCAGCUAAAAUAUUGACAAUUUUUAUGAAAACUCACAUCUUUAGGGGCUGUUUGACAGUUUGAAAAUGAAGUGAUCCAAUAGUAGAUCUGUAUAUAUAGGUUUAAUAUGUUUUUCCCUUUAAAAAUGGAGUCUAAUUGAAUAUCAUUUUCCCCCCUUUCAGCAAGCUUCACAGCCAAAGGUGCAAACAGAACAAGUAAGUACAUUAUAUGGUUUUGGCAAAACAAAGAGUCAAGAAUACUCCAACGAUGGUUAAGAUCUGUGUUUAUUAAAACUCCUCGCUCAUGUCAGACUUGGCCGAUGGGGACACAGAAAGAGUCUACUACAAUUCCUCCUGAUCCUCGUGGCGACACAUCUGGCCCUGGAGUUGAUGAGGUUUGAUUUUUAUGAACUUACUCAAGACUUUUAAAGCUUUUAUGCAUCCAUGAAGCACUCAUUUGUUAGAUGUGCAAGAUCUGAUUUUUUAAAGAAAAUUUCUUAAUUUGAUUUUUCUUCUGUUUUCUCCAGGGCAACUCAAACUUCCCUUUCCUGUUUGAGCCUUAGAUGUCACCUUGAUGAACAACAAUUUUCCAUUUUCGGCCACACGAGUUCAUUUUUUCUACAAAAUGUUCAACACUGUGCCAUUUUUCCAAAUCCACUUCAUUUAUACUCAUUUGCUUUGAUGAUGUUUUGAAAUGGUCUGACUUGUUACAGAAAACUCCUUCCUGCUUUUACAUCAAGUCAAAUAAACAACUUUGACAAAA